UUAAAGCAGAGAAACAGUAGAGAAAGACAUGUCCAUAUUUUCCACUUGACAUCUUCACGUCUGUGUGGCAAUUUCAUUGAUGUUCUGCCUUAGCGGUCCUUGACUUAACCCUUAAUGGAAAAAAGUAUAGUUCUAUGCAAAGAUUAAGAAUCAAAUAGAGGUUACUAUCUUUGCUGUGCAAUUGCAAAUAAAAAAAGUGGGCUAUAUAGAUAUAUAUUUUUUAAUAUACGCUUAAAAUAUAAUGUAAAAACAGCGCACUGACAUUUGCACCGUAUAUAAAUAUGUAUAUGUGUACUAUAUUUUAUUUCUUAUAGCCCGUAACCGGCGCCUGGUAUUUGAGGUGGAAAAUUAUUACCUGAGCUUCGACUUUUCCCCUCAAUCCCCAUUCUACCCCACCCGUUAAAGACUCUCUCUCUCUCUCUCUCUCUCUCUCUCUCUCUCUCCUGUGUUGUCUGGGAGGGGGAGCCCUGCCUCUUUCCUCAGAUCAAUGCCCUGGCCACUCACUUUCUGAUGUUGCACGACGGGAAAUGCUUUGAAUACUUGCGACAUGGCCGCUUGCAUUGAUUGCCAAAAUUGGCAGCAGUAACCAUCGUCUUCUCUCGCGUCUGUUUUUGUAGUGUGGUAAAAACGCGAUAAUACACUUACAACCGCUCUCAGCAAUUUUGACAGUUCAACUUCACAUAGCCAAAGCGGGAUUCCCUCUUCGGUCAGUGGAAGCGACACACUUUUUUUUCCUUUCCUGUUCUGCAGAUCAGUGUUUUUUAUUUCUAACCUGUUUCAAAACCAAAAACGGGAUUCGGCGAAGACCAUCGUGUGUUCUUGGUACCCUGCUCGCAUCAAGGGCUUUCUGUCCGUGGAUUUGGAGAGGAACUUGUGGUUUUGUGCGAGCAAAGAGCAUUUCCUUACUGGAUCCGACGAGCAGAUAUUUACAGACAGAUCGCAGACGAACGCUUAUGGUGCCAGUAAUUUUCAUGAAUUCAAAAUCAACACACCAGUAAUUUUUGGGAGCUGGGGAUAAAGUCUUUCUGUUUACAACCCAAAUGCUGAACAUGGAGGGCUUUCUGCGUAGCAGCUUUUUACUGAGCAGAAUUAUGUCUUCCAAGCAAGCCACCUCUCCAUUCACCUCGACCCCUGACGGUGGAGAGGAUGGAGUGAAUCAGGAGCGCAUGUCCUGGGAAAAGGAGGAGAACUCCGAGUCGCUGGCCGCUCCUCAGCUGCCCCUGCACAAUCUGCUCCACAACAAACCUCCCCUGGAGGAGCUCCAGCCAAUCAGCAGCAGCGUGCCGCCCGAAUCCGACUGGGACAGCCUGAUGUCGGCCCAGCAGCGCAUGGAAUCGGACAGCAAUAAAGUAUGUUCCUUGUACUCCUUCCGGAAUAACUCUACCUCUCCACACAAGCCAGAGGAGGGGGCCAGGGAGCGCGGCGACCUGCUGAGCAGCUCAGCCUUCGGAACGCCAGAGCGUCGCAAAGGAAGCCUGGCCGAUGUGGUGGACACACUGAAGCAGAAGAAACUAGAGGAGAUGACAAAGACAGAACAAGACGAAUCCUCUUGCAUGGAGAAACUCCUUUCUAAAGACUGGAAAGAGAAGAUGGAGCGACUAAACACAGGCGAACUGUUAGGAGAAAUCAAAGGAACACCAGAAAGUCUUGCCGAGAAGGAACGACAGCUCUCCACCAUGAUCACCCAGCUCAUCAGUCUGAGAGAGCAGCUCCUGGCUGCGCACGAUGAGCAGAAGAAACUGGCCGCCUCACAAAUGGAGAAACAGCGGCAGCAAAUGGAGCUGGCACGCCAACAGCAGGAGCAGAUCGCCAGACAACAGCAGCAACUUCUGCAGCAACAGCACAAAAUCAAUCUCCUCCAGCAGCAGAUCCAGCAGGUCCAGGGUCACAUGCCUCCACUCAUGAUCCCCAUUUUUCCACACGACCAGCGCACUCUGGCAGCAGCCGCCGCGGCCCAGCAGGGCUUCCUCUUCCCCCCGAGCAUGUCCUACAAGCCCGGUGAUAACUACCCAGUGCAGUUCAUUCCAUCCACAAUGGCAGCUGCUGCCGCGUCAGGACUCAACCCUCUCCAGCUCCAGCAACUCUACGCCGCCCAGCUGGCCAGCAUGCAGGUCUCUCCAGGAGCCAAGAUGCCCCCGCUGCCUCAACUCCCUAAUUCUGGUGGGCCCAUCUCCCCCUCUGGCUUGAAGAAUGAGAAGAGAGCUUGUACCCCCCUCACUCAAAUAAAGGAGGAGGGAACGCAGCCUCUCAACCUCUCCGCCCGACCCAAAACAGCUGAGCCGGUCAAAUCUCCCACAUCCCCAACACAAAGUCUCUUCCCAGGCAGCAAGAGCAGCCCGAACAGUCUGUCUAAGAGCGGAGGAAUCCCCAGCCCCAUCGGAGGAAUAGGUCGCGGCUCAUCUCUGGAUAUCCUGUCCAGCCUGAACUCAACAGCAUUGUUUGGAGAUCAGGACGCGGUGAUGAAGGCCAUCCAGGAGGCGAGGAAGAUGAGAGAGCAGAUACAGAGAGAGCAGCUGCUGCAUCAUCAGCAAGGAAUGGAUGCCAAGCUCUCUGCCCUCACCGGCAUGAGUCUGAACAACUGCAGGGUUGAUAAGGAGAGGUCUCAUUAUGAAAACUUUAGUCACUUGGGUAAACUAGGCGAGGAUGGAAAGAUCGGUCAUCACAGGGUCAUUGACCUCACCAGACCAGAGGAUUUCGAAGGUAGUAAGGAACUGAAUGGCUCUGCAGAUAAACCACAUCAGUAUUAUUGUUGGCCAACAGGAGGCGCCAGCUCUGCCGAGGCACGGGUCUACAGGGAACCCCGGGGACGGAACAACAACGAACCUCACAUCAAACGGCCCAUGAACGCAUUCAUGGUGUGGGCCAAAGACGAGCGCCGCAAAAUCCUCCAGGCCUUCCCAGACAUGCACAACUCCAACAUCAGCAAAAUCUUGGGGUCUCGCUGGAAGUCCAUGACAAACCAGGAGAAACAGCCGUUCUAUGAGGAGCAGGCGCGCCUCAGCAAGAUCCACCUGGAGAAGUACCCCAACUACAAGUACAAGCCCCGGCCCAAGCGCACCUGCAUCAUCGACGGCAAGAAGCUGCGCAUCAGCGAGUACAAGCAGAUGAUGAGGUCGAGGAGACAGGAGAUGAGGCAGUUCUUCACCGUGGGGCAGCAGCCACAGACACAGAUCCCCAUCACCACCAGCGCAGGUGUCGUCUAUCCUGGUGCCAUAACCAUGGCGACCACCACGCCCUCCCCUCACAUGACAUCAGACUGCUCCAGUGCUUCGGCCAGCCCCGAGCCCACCAUCCCCGUCAUCCAGAGCACCUUCAACAUGAAGAUGGAACCCGGCACCAUGGUGCCCAACGACCCGGUGAACGGCGAGGACGAGAUGGACAUGUACGAGGACUUUGAGGACGAGCCCAAAUCGGACUACAGUAGUGAAAAUGAGACACGGGAGCCCGUCAGUGCCAACUGAAGCUAAGACACCCAGCGAAGAAUAUUCCCCUUUUAUCGGUGGGAAUACUGAAGUAGACGAAGAAAAAAUAACGAACAAAGACGUAGAAAAAAAAACUUGUUUCUGAUGAUAUACAGUACCUUUUGGGAGCCAGCAUGCAGAUGUGGCUCCCGCAGAUUUAACAGCUAUUGGUCUUAAGUGUUUCUCCGAGCGUGAAACAAUUGGAUUGUGUUUUAUUUUGGCUUUUUUAAUUGUUAUUUGUUUGAUUUAUUUCUCAUGUUUUCAUCAUGGACGUUGAUCAAUUUAGGGUAUUUACUACAACGUUUUGAAAAACAGGACUUGACAAUUGAAACAUUUCAUACGAACGCAUAACUCACAGUCUUACUUAAAUACACGUGGAUUUAAACAUGUAUUUGUUUUAUCGUUUGAAGCGUACAUUACUGUUUUCGAUGGGGUUCUAUAUCUCACUCAGGUAUGCUGUACCAGCCAACAGCUUAUGAAUGUUUUUAAUCAGAACUAUUUCAAAUGAAAAAGACAACAAAGCUUCAUUUGACAUUUCAUAAUGCGACAAAACUGAAGAAGUCCUUACAUUUGCUGAAAACUCCCCAUUAUUAUUAUUAUUAUUGUUGCUUUAUUAUUAUUAAUAUUAUUAUUAUUGUUCAUAUGUUUUAAAAGUCCAGAUGUGCCAAACAUAUCAUAAGCUUCCUGCUCGUAAAUCUUAAAAAUGUAAAGUCUUAAGGGAGAGACCGCACGAGUCUUAGACAAUCCUCGCAAUGCUGUCCUAGAACGUAAAAAGCCCAUGAUUCUUCUCUUCUCUAUUGACUCGAAUGCUCAGGAACUAAGAGUGUCAUAGUUCUCCGGGAGGUUGAAUGCAGUGAUCGUCUGACCGCCGGCCUCUGUCCUCUCCCAGCGCUCUAGUUCAGUCUUACCCGCUCGGUUCUUAAUCAGUGAUUGUAAUCAGGCCAGAAUGCCAAGGGGCCAAAAGGCAUCCAAUCUGCAGAAUUGGACAGGCAGCAAAAGGCAGCUUUGGUGCAUUACAAUCACAAAUUGCUGUUGUACAAUAUGCACAUUCUGCUAAACCCUUUAGCCCCGUUUUCCGGGGCAGACCAUUGAAAGUCUUUUAUUUGCGCUUAAGUCUUGUGGACAUUGUAAAUCUUAACUGACAGAAGAUAGUCUUAAAGCGGAGCGUGACCUCUGGGCUUCUGCAAUGUGUUUAUCAUUAAGUCUUAAGAGAACAUCCAGUUUAUCUGGAGGUUUUUUUGGCCAGUUACGCCAGAGGUUAAGGAGGAAACCCCCCGAAAUUGCUUAUAAUGGCACUUAUUUUUCAAAUCGUUCUUCCAGAUUCAUUAUCGUUUGUAACAUUACAUAUCCUGUAAACUGAAUUGCUUAUAUGAAUCAUUUAAAAAAUAUAUACAGUAGAUUUGAAUAUGCACAAGGACAAAUCUGCCAUUUUGGGCCAUUUAUUAUUAUCAUUAUUAGAUUGGAUCCUUUUCGAGCACUUGGAACAGAAAUUCGACACCAUAAAAAAGCAUGUCCUUUGUAUUGGAAUAGGCAGUCCUGCAGUUCUAUCAAAUUAUUCGGUAACACCAGCAGUAGAACAGAUCUCAGGUUGUUUCCGUGCGGAAGGACAGCCAAGAAGCAGCUUGCGGUCAGGGCCUCUUGUUUUACGCAUUGGCCCUACCGAAAGCUCCUACGGGGCAUGUGCGCUAUUCACCUCCAUUCACCUGACCUCUGCCCACCGCACGCCCUGCCUCAAGGGGCUGCCAUCUGGCUCCCAACUUCGGCCCAUGCCCAAGAGAAGGUACUAGACAAUGGAGACGAGGCCCAUGUGGUUUAUUGUGCUCGCUCUCCAUCAAUGUGCACCGGCCAGAAGCUAGCACGAGGUGCUAGCGAGCAGAUGGAACAAGUAGAUCAAGCUGUGGGGGAUUAUUAAAAUGACUGACGAGUCGGUAUCAUCCGAAAUACAGCAUUAUUAAUGCAUGAGUCCCGCUAUUUUGCCUUUGCCCUUGAACCUGUCUCUUUCAACGGUAACCCGGAGAUUAGAAUAGACAAGAAAUGUCACAGUGAGGCUGCUGGUCACUGCAUUACCUCCAAAGGUCUAAAAGGUACCAAUGGGUAUUUAGCGCUUAUAUCUCCCAGCAGUCGAAGCAUUAAAUCUUUUAUUCAACGCCCCUCUUUAAAAAGCAUUUACUUAAUUCGUAGAAGUUCAGAGCACUAGAAGCUCGUAUUCGUACCUUAAUUUCGUUUUUGUUGUAUUUUAGUUUGUUGUGAUUUUAACAUGAGGUACAAUACUUGGCUGAUGGGUGUCACCUGACAUCCGCGUUCAGUUUUUUUUCUUCCCUGCUUACAAGCCAGCGUUUAUUUUGUAAAGCUGUUAUAUCUGUUUGCUGGUGGAUCGGUUGAUUUGUACGUGAUUUGUACAUAUUUCCUUGACCAUGCCAAGCCAGUUCUUUCGGCUGGUAGUAGACAAAAGAACUGUUGUUGAGACUGAAACUUGAUUGCGCUUGUAUAGAUAAAAAAGAAAAAAGAACAGAAAAAAAGAGACAUUUUCAAUCUCACAAGGAGACAAUGAUUCAAAAGUGUUACAAACACUGGAUAUAAAUGGUAUUUUUAUCAAUUCUGACUAAUGUGAAGCCGUUGUGCAAGGAAAAAGCCCUACACGAACAAGUCACCUGUUUGGACUCAUGUGUGCACGCCUCACUGUUGCCAGAUUUGAGUCAUUUUUCUCUCUACAUAUUUUGUUUAUUUAUGCAAAGACACGUGAUGAAUGAACACUUUGUUUAAGCUCCAGUGCUGCCUAGGGGAGAAAGAGCAGUGUACUCGACGGAGAGGCUCGCAUAGUGACUGGCCAACUGAGACACACCGGACUUCAGUAGCACAUUUUAAUGGUCAUGUAUGUUUGUGUUGUAUAUUGUAUUUGAAGCUCUCUAGUGCGUAUAGACAUUUUAUUGUAUUUAUUAGCCAUUAUUGGCUCUAAAAGUGUCAGUAGAACAUAAUUCAAGGACAAUCAGAGAACAAGAAUAAAAACAAUGACAUUUGAAAACGGAUUGGAGCUCAAAACAACGUUUCUUUUAUUAUUAUUAGUAGUAGUAGUAGUAGUAGUAGUAUUUGGAACAAAUUCUCCAUCUCAUUACAGAGUUUUUUCUUUGCUUUGUAAAUAUAACAUAGAAAAAUAGAAUUUUAUUUUUGUUCAUGGAUACUUGCUGAAGUAUAAAUUAUGUGUUUUUCUUUUUGUGUGUGUGUGUAUGUUGUUGGUCAUUGUACGUAGAAAAAAAAUAAGAAAGACAAUUCACUGUACCUCAUGUUGUUGCUGAAUUCACAUCCCUGUCGAAUGAGUAAUAUUGGAGACACAGCUGAGACACCCGGGCAUCUGAACCUCGCACUCCACACAUUACUUUUUGUCUUUUAUUUCGAUUGUGUUAAUGCGUUCUGUAGCAAAGGAAAAUCUUGAAAUCCUUGUACGUAUUUUUUUUCCACAGUUUUUUUUAACAUUUUUUUAUUGCUGAGGUACUUGCUGCAGUUUAAAUAAUUGGUUCUGUGCCAAAUUUGUAUGAGCGAAUAUGUAAUUAUGGGGAAUCAUAUCAUACAGCAUCAUUUAAAAACACAUUGUGGAAUGGGGAUGUGCAAAUAUUUAUUAGAUUUUAUUCUGCACAAUGCAGACCCACUCAUACUCAUACAGUAUUUUGCUCUGUGUUGCUUUAUAGUGUUUAAUAGAACAUUUCUAAUUCAUCCGACAACAACUACUAUUACAUUUAUUUUAUGAUACAUGACUGUCACUGCCAUAUUAUAAUGAAAAGUAUAGGUACAAUGACUGAGGACAAAGCUUGGGUGUUUCUACUUAUCUUACUGUAAUGCUUUUGUUUUCGGUAUGGACUUUUGUGAUGUAUUUUGUGGGAUAGUUUUUGUUAAUUUAAUCAGCACAAUUCACUGACAUGCUGGACUGACGUGCUAGCUGCUGUUCAGAUGAGUACAAUUUUGCUGUCAGGGACAACAUGCUGUUGUCGAUGGUGUUUUGCUUUUAGAUUUGUGCAAUCUCUCAAGCAACACUGUGCUCCUCUGUCACUAGGUGCGCUCUUAUUUUGAAUCCCGCUAGCAGCCUGAUAACACUUUUUUUUUUCCAUUUUGUCUUUCUGUGUAUGUGUGCGAGUGUGUGUCUGUGUGUUUAGAGACCGGUUUCUCAGCAGGUACAUAGACCCAUGGCAGGUAUUAUUGUUUGGGCGUUAGAGAUAUAGAAUAGUAUCUGUUGCUGCUUUUGGAAAAAAAGUUUUAAGUCUAAAAUGUAAAUAGUUUAUCAUAUCUUGUACAGUCCAGUGUAAAGUUUUUAAUUGAACUUAAAAAGGUUGCCAUCACAUUUGUGUUCACAUUCUUCUUUAUACAGUACAAAAGACAGCUAUAUGCUAAGGACGUUAUUGUUUAAAAAAAGGCACUAAAAAUAUUUUUGCUUGGCUUUAGUAUGUAAACCAGCAGUGAUUGGUUUCCAUGUGCAGUAUUGACGUGAGGUAAACUAAUUAAUACUACGUUGUAUGUCCGGAGAUCAGUCUUCUCUGUAAUGGUAGUAUUAUUAUAUCAAAUCAAAUAAACCUGAUGAGUGACACAUUUCGGUGUAUUUAGACACCUUAGUGGAUUGUACAAAUAUUUAGGUUGUUCUCCCCACGAGCAGCAUUUGGCAUAUUGUAAUGUAACACCAUUUUUACAGUAUAUUCUCAAUUCACUGAUGUACGAUGGCAGAUGAGGUUGUUCCUGCCUGUUUGCUUAUUUACCUCAAGAGUUCCUCUUUUCCACAAAAGAUAAAGUAUACACGCAUAUGACAAAAUCGUCUCACCAUCACUCCAUCUUUUGUACUGCUGUUGACACUUACAAAUUA